UAUGUAAGGUAUCCAGGGCUUGGCCUGACAGCUUCUCCUGUCUGUCUCUUUGUUGUGAGUCCAGGACAGCAAAGUUUGCUGCUCCCCACCAGCCUUUCAGCAUUUGGGCUGAUCAUUAACAGGGCAACAGAAAAAGAAACUCGGUUUGAACUUCACCUGGAGCCUUUGGUCUCCCCUUCUCCCCAAAUUAAGAAGGAGGGGGAUGUUUACCUGCCUUCUGCUGCACUCCAAGGUCUCCCCUAUGAAGGCGACUUGCUGGAUCCUGGCAGGUCUUUACCUGCUUUCCUGCUGCAAGGCAGAAGAGGGACUGAACUUUCCAACUUACGAUGGGAAAGACCGAGUGAUCGACCUGAAUGAGAAGAACUACAAGCAGGCCCUGAAGAAGUAUGACAUGCUCUGCCUGCUCUUCCACGAGCCGGUGAGCUCUGACAAGGUCUCCCAGAAGCAGUUCCAGAUGACAGAGAUGGUCCUGGAGCUGGCAGCUCAGGUCCUGGAGCCCAAGAGCAUUGGCUUCGGGAUGGUUGACUCCAAGAAGGACGCCAAACUUGCCAAGAAGUUAGGCUUGGUUGAAGAAGGAAGUCUCUAUGUCUUUAAGGAAGAGCGGUUGAUUGAAUUUGAUGGGGAACUGGCUACAGAUGUCUUGGUGGAAUUCCUCUUGGAUGUGCUAGAAGACCCUGUGGAGGUCAUAAACAGCAAGCUGGAGCUUCAGGCCUUUGACCGAAUCGAUGAGGAAAUCAAACUCAUUGGCUACUUCAAAGGAGAAGACUCUGAACAUUACAAAGCAUUUGAAGAAGCUGCUGAACACUUCCAACCAUACGUCAAGUUCUUUGCCACCUUCGACAAAGGGGUUGCCAAGAAGCUGGGUCUGAAGAUGAAUGAGGUGGAUUUCUAUGAACCAUUUAUGGAUGAGCCUGUUCACAUCCCUGAUAAGCCUUACUCAGAAGAGGAGCUGGUGGAAUUUGUGAAGGAGCACAAAAGGGCCACCUUGAGGAAGCUGCGCCCAGAGGACAUGUUUGAGACAUGGGAGGAUGACAUGGAGGGAAUUCACAUCGUGGCCUUCGCAGAAGAAGAUGACCCAGAUGGGUUUGAGUUCCUGGAAGUCCUGAAGCAGGUUGCCAGGGACAACACCGAUAAUCCCGACCUGAGCAUUGUCUGGAUUGACCCCGAUGACUUCCCUCUGCUCAUCACCUACUGGGAGAAGACCUUCAAGAUCGACCUGUUCAAGCCACAGAUCGGGGUGGUGAACGUCACAGACGCUGACAGCAUCUGGAUGGAUAUCAGAGAUGAUGAUGACCUGCCCACAGCGGAGGAGCUGGAGGACUGGAUAGAAGAUGUGCUUUCUGGGAAGAUAAACACCGAAGAUGACGAUGACGAUGAUGACGACGAUGACGAUGAUGAUGAUGACGAUGAUGAUGAUGACGAUGAUGACGACGACGAUGACGACGACGAUGAUGAUGAUGAUUAACUGUGACCCUGUGCAGUUUUACUUGUGGGGGCCCAGAGCCCUCCCCCUUCGGCAGGUCCCUCCAUUGGAAGGCCUGUGCUUGAGCGUCAGCAAGCACCGAUGCUCUUCUUUGCCCCCUGCCCUGCUCUCCCUGCCCCUGCCUCUGCCCUUGCCGGGACCCCCCAGCCUGAUUCUCAGUGGUGCUGAGCCACCAGGACUGCCCCUGCAGGCACCCAGCACCGCUGCAAAUCAUGCCUCCUUAGAAAGGACAAUAGGAAUCCACAGGGAAUCUGCCCUGAGCUUCCCAGGGUGGGAGAAAAGUGCCUGCCUGCUCACUGCCAGAGGGACACAGGAAGCAAAGUUGUGUUUUCCAUGCUCAUCGGCCCAGCACUUAACAUCCAAAGACCAAAUCUCACUUCAAGACACAGGGAAGGCCGCUGUGAAGUUCAGUCCUUUUAUUAAACACAAUGCCCUUUGCAGCUUA